UGGUCCUGGUGCUGCACCACAUCCUCAUCGCUGUUGUCCAAUUCCUCAGGCGGGGCCAGCAGGUCUUCCUCAAGCCGGACGAGCCGCCGCCGCCGCAGCCAUGCGCCGACAGCCUGCAGCCAGCCGGGACCUCCUUGCACAGGAGCCAGUGCCCCCAGGGAGUAGAGACGGCACGCUGCAGGAUGCUUUGCUGAGCCUGGGCUCCGUCAUCGACAUUGCAGGCUUGCAACGGGCUGUCAGAGAGGCCCUGUCAGCUGUGCUCCCCAGAGUGGAGACUGUCUACACCUACCUGCUGGAUGGGGAAUCCCGGCUGGUGUGUGAGGAGCCCCCCCAUGAGCUGCCCCAGGAGGGGAAAGUGCGAGAGGCUGUGAUCUCCCGGAAGCGGCUGGGCUGCAAUGGACUGGGCCCCUCGGACAUGCCUGGGAAGCCCUUGGCCAGGCUGGUGGCUCCACUGGCUCCUGACACCCAAGUGCUGGUCAUACCGCUGGUGGACAAGGAGGCCGGGGCUGUGGCAGCAGUCAUCUUGGUGCACUGUGGUCAGCUGAGUAACAGUGAGGAGUGGAGCCUGCAAGCCGUGGAGAAGCAUACCCUGGUGGCCCUGAAGAGGGUCCAGGCCCUGCAGCAGCGCGGGCCCAGCGCGGCCCCGGAAGCGGUCCAGAAUACUCCAGAGGGGGCGGCGGGAGACCAGAAGGGUGGGGUUCCGUACACAGACCAAGAUCGAAAGAUCCUGCAGCUUUGCGGGGAACUCUACGACCUGGAUGCCUCUUCCUUGCAGCUCAAAGUCCUCCAAUACCUGCAGCAGGAGAUCCAGGCAUCCCGCUGCUGCCUCCUGCUGGUAUCUGAGGACAAUCUCCAGCUUUCCUGUAAGGUGAUUGGAGAUAAAGUGCUGGAGGAAGAAAUCAGCUUUCCGUUGACGAUGGGACGACUGGGCCAGGUGGUGGAAGACAAGAAGUCUAUCCAGCUGAAAGAUCUCACCUCUGAGGAUGUGCAACAGCUGCAAAGCAUGUUGGGCUUCGAGGUUCAGGCCAUGCUCUGUGUCCCUGUCAUCAGCCGGGCCACUGACCAGGUCGUGGCCUUGGCCUGCACCUUCAACAAGCUCGGAGGAGACUUAUUCACAGACCAGGAUGAGCGUGUGAUCCAGCACUGCUUCCACUACACCAGCACGGUCCUCACCAGCACCCUGGCCUUCCAGAAGGAGCAGAAGCUCAAGUGUGAGUGCCAGGCUCUUCUCCAAGUGGCAAAGAACCUCUUCACUCACCUGGAUGACGUCUCUGUGCUGCUCCAGGAGAUCAUCACAGAGGCCAGAAACCUCAGCAAUGCUGAGAUAUGCUCUGUGUUCCUGCUGGAUCAGAACGAGCUGGUGGCCAAGGUGUUCGAUGGGGGCGUGGUGGAUGAUGAGAGCUAUGAGAUCCGCAUCCCGGCCGACCAGGGCAUCGCGGGCCACGUGGCGACCACGGGCCAGAUUCUGAACAUCCCGGACGCGUAUGCACACCCACUUUUCUACCGCGGUGUGGACGACAGCACCGGCUUCCGGACACGCAACAUUCUCUGCUUUCCCAUCAAGAACGAGAACCAGGAGGUCAUCGGUGUGGCCGAGCUGGUAAAUAAGAUCAACGGACCAUGGUUCAGCAAGUUUGACGAGGAUCUGGCGACAGCCUUCUCCAUCUACUGUGGCAUCAGCAUCGCACAUUCCCUCCUAUACAAGAAAGUGAACGAGGCCCAGUAUCGCAGCCACCUAGCCAACGAGAUGAUGAUGUACCACAUGAAGGUCUCUGAUGAUGAAUACACCAAACUUCUCCAUGAUGGGAUCCAGCCUGUGGCUGCCAUUGACUCCAGUUUUGCCUGUUUCACCUACACUCCUCGCUCUCUGCCCGAGGAUGACACCUCCAUGGCCAUCCUCAGCAUGCUGCAGGACAUGAAUUUCAUCAAUAACUACAAAAUUGACUGCCCGACGCUGGCCCGGUUCUGUUUGAUGGUGAAGAAGGGCUACCGGGAUCCCCCCUACCACAACUGGAUGCACGCCUUUUCUGUCUCCCACUUCUGCUAUCUGCUCUACAAGAACCUGGAGCUCGCCAACUACCUCGAGGACAUGGAGAUCUUUGCCUUGUUUAUUUCCUGCAUGUGUCACGACCUGGACCACAGAGGCACAAACAACUCCUUCCAGGUGGCCUCGAAAUCUGUGCUGGCCGCGCUCUACAGCUCAGAAGGUUCUGUCAUGGAGAGGCACCACUUCGCUCAGGCCAUCGCCAUCCUCAACACCCACGGUUGCAACAUCUUUGACCACUUCUCCCGGAAGGACUAUCAGCGCAUGCUGGACCUGAUGCGGGACAUCAUCUUGGCCACAGACCUGGCCCACCACCUCCGCAUCUUCAAGGAUCUCCAAAAGAUGGCCGAAGUGGGCUAUGACCGAACCAACAAGCAGCAUCACAGCCUCCUUCUCUGCCUCCUUAUGACCUCCUGUGACCUCUCUGACCAGACCAAGGGCUGGAAGACCACGAGGAAGAUUGCGGAGCUGAUCUACAAAGAGUUCUUCUCCCAAGGAGACUUGGAGAAGGCCAUGGGCAACAGGCCGAUGGAGAUGAUGGACCGUGAGAAGGCCUACAUCCCCGAGCUGCAGAUCAGCUUCAUGGAGCACAUCGCAAUGCCCAUCUACAAGCUGCUGCAGGACCUGUUCCCCAAAGCAGCAGAGCUGUAUGAACGUGUGGCCUCUAAUCGUGAGCACUGGACCAAAGUGUCGCACAAGUUCACCAUCCGCGGCCUCCCGAGCAACAACUCGCUGGACUUCCUGGACGAGGAGUACGAGGUGCCUGACCUGGAUGGUGCUGGGGCCCCCAUCAAUGGCUGUUGCAGCCUUGAUGCUGAGUGAGUCCCUCCUGGGACUCCUCUUCACCCAGGCCUCCUCCCACAACUCUCCACUGGCCUGGCCACAUGCCCUGGGACCAGAGCCACGGGUCCUGGAUUCUAGACCAGGACUUCCCAUGUGACCCUGGGCAAGGCUGACCUUCCCCGGUCUCAGCUUUCUCGUCUGUAUAAUGGAAGACUUCCAGCCUCACCAAGACUUUGUUAUUUGUCCUCUGAGAGCACAGGGAUGACAAUGAGCAGUGCGCCCUGCUCUGCACCUCUGACCACACCUUGGCAAGUGGCCCCCCCCCAGGCCACUCCUCUGAGGCAGCCUGGAUGGUUUCUCCUGGGCCCCAUUCCUGCCCCACCAGAUCUGUGCCCUUUUCCUCUGAGGACACCCCCUGCCCCCCGGGAUCCUCAUGCAAGAAGGUGAGACAUCUGAGUGGGCAGAGGGUUGGUCUUAGAGACGGUCAUCAGCUUGGCUGGAGGACUAGAAAUAGCCAUGGGGCCACAGGUGGCCCUGAGGACUGCCACUGUACUUAUAGUGGAGACUGGGACCUGGGGAGAUGAAGGUGUCCCAUAAGGAAGCUGCCAGGGGGGCAGCUCAGUGCUCUGGGAGAGGGGGCUCAGGAAGAAAGCAGGAUAAGAACAGUGGGCAGGAAGGAUCCCUGGGCUGGGGGGCAGGCCCAGCAUGGGUCAGCAGUGCUUCAUCC